AUGCUUGACCUGGGGGUAAUCACUCCACCGCCUUCCGAAAAUGGCGACGGAAAUACAUGUUACUCGGGUAGCGCUAUAGGCGAAAUCAACAAUUCCGCCGGUCUGCCGCCAUCUCCCAUCAACCGGCGCCGGGACAGGUCUGAUUUACAUCGAGAAAAAGAGGCAAACAGGUCGAAGCAGUUCACUAGCCGGCUACAGCGCUCCACAUCGGCUUGUUCAGAGCGAAACCCGAACCAAAAUAUUGGACGCAGGAGAGCUCGAACAUUCCAACAACCGACUCCGAACCUGCCACUAGACCACGGCUUAAAGGCUCUAGAGCCACUGGGCGAACAAUCUCUUGUCAAAAUGGCUUUUGCUGAGCAACAGCAAUGGAUCACAGUGCAGCAAAAAACCUUUACAAAAUGGCACUUACCCCAGACUCUUUUUGAUCUUAAAAGGAUAGAAUCGCGGGAAGUAGCAGUGGUUGAUCUUGUUAAGGAUCUCAGUGACGGUGUUAUACUUAUUCAUCUGAUCGAGUGUCUUUCUGGAGAAUCUCUUGGAAGAUACGCUGCCAAACCAAAAUUACGAGUGCAGCGAUUCGAAAACGCAAAUCUCUCACUAGACUUUGUCCGGAUGCGAGGAAUCCAAAUGACAAAUAUCGGUGCAGAAGACAUAGUGGAUGGCAAUAGGAAGAUCAUACUCGGACUAAUAUGGACUCUAAUUUUACGCUUCACUAUAUCUGAUAUCAACGAGGAAGGUAUGACCGCAAAAGAGGGAUUAUUACUUUGGUGUCAAAGAAAAACUGCCUGCUAUGAAGAAGUCGACGUGCGAAACUUUACGGACAGCUGGAACGACGGGUUGGCCUUUUGUGCCCUGUUAGACAUUCAUCGACCUGACCUCAUCGACUACGACGCACUCGAUAAGUCUGAUCACCGAGGAAAUAUGCAGCUAGCAUUUGACAUUGCGAACAAAGAAAUUGGUAUCCCUGACCUUCUAGAUGUGGAUGAUGUCUGCAAUGUUGCAAAGCCAGACGAGCGAAGUCUAAUGACUUACAUUGCAUAUUGGUUUCACGCUUUCUCUCAGAUGGAGAAGGUAGAGAACGCUGGACGCAGGGUCGAAAAGUUUGUGAAUAGCAUGCAAGGGGCAUGGGAAAUGCAGAGUGCGUUUGAGAGAAGAAUGCGCGAACUUCUUGAACAGAUGAGAGAGCAGCUUGUCCGCUGGAAUGACUCUAAAUUUGUCGGGACUUAUGUGGACGCAAAAUCUCAGGCAAUGGAAUUUAGUGCGUAUAAACGAGGAAAGAAGCGAAAGUGGGUAGCCGAAAAGAGUGAUCUAGCUACCCUUCUCGGAAACAUCAAGACCAAAAUGAGCACAUAUCGCCUGCGGCCUUAUGAGCCACCCUCAGAGCUAGGACUUAACGUCCUAGAUCAGGAGUGGUCUAAUCUGAUGAAAGCAGAAAUGGUUAGGGGACAGCAGAUCAAUGAAACUAUCCGAGAUAUCAAAAACGCACUUCGAAAAUCUUUUGCCGACAAGGCAAAUGAUUUUGCUUUAACAUUAAACACUAUGCAACUGGCUAUCUCCGGGCUUGAAGGGGAUGUGGAAGACCAAAUGAUGCAUAUCCGACGUCUCAAAGAUAGCCUGGCGCCAAUGCAUCAAUAUCUCGAAAAGAUUGAAGAGCUUGACAAAAAAUGCGAGGAAGCAAACAUUGAAGAAAACGAUUUCACUACAUACACAUACGACGAGUUGUGUUAUGAGCUUAGUCUGGUUCAAAACUCCGUUUCCAAAAAAAUGGCUUUCUUAGACAACCAGCUUGUGGCCCGCAACAUGACUAACCUGACACCUAUCCAACUAGAAGAAUUUGAGAGUGUUUUCCGACAUUUUGAUAGAGAUGCGACCAAUUGUUUGCAAGAACUUGAGUUCAGUGCUGCCUUGGCUUCAUUGGGUCUUGUUUUCAGCGAAGAUGAAGUGCACGAAUUCUUUCUCGAAACAUCAAAUGGCUGCGAUUAUGUCACCUUUGAACAGUUUAUUCGCUUCAUGGUAGACGAAACUGAAGAUCAAAAUACUGCCGAACAAGUUUAUCAGAGCUUUCGAGAAGUUGCGGACGGAAAACCCUAUGUGACUGAGAUUGAUCUUCGACACAGUCUGGUACCCGAUGACGUCAUAGAAAAGCUUACAAUGAUAGUUCCCCCACACAAGGGGCCAGAACUGAAAGAGGAUCGAGGUAUCCCUCAAUAUGACUAUAUCAGUUUUAUGGAAGGACUCAUAUCUGAACCUGACGAGAGCUCUGCGGCGUCGGAUUUACCCAGUGGCCGGAACCAUAAGUACGCUAGUGAAAAAUGA